AUGUCGUUUUUUGAUCCUUUUCUCAGCAAUCGGGAUGGACGCCGAGACGGUCUCGGCGCUCCACUUGACCCGGAUGAAGACCCGUCUUCUCUCCCGUCGUCCUCUGUCACUUCGGCCCCGCCGUCUUCCAGUCCAGCGUCGAUCCCCGCCGCGGAGGCGGGCGACGCCGUUAGCUGCAGCAGUUUCUCCGGCGAAGACAGAGGCGAGAGUAGCCUGGAAGAAAGCGCUCCUCCCUUCGAUCUGCAGGCUUUUCACCGGCAUGUGCGCGACGCUGACAGUUUCGAAGAAAGUUCACAAGCUGCGGCACGCGCAGGGGCCGAGAGCUUCGCCGGUUUGGAUGAGAGUCGAGAAAACACCUGUCCCUCCAAUUUGUCUCCUCUCCCGCACUUGCCGUCUUUUGGAGGCGACCUCGACGAAGAGCGGACCCGCGAAUCGAGAAAAGGCGAAGCACGCACUCGAAAGCCUCAGACGCAUUCACAGGAAGAUGAAGGACGCACGGGCGAGCGGCGCCUGACCGCACCCUCCGCGUUGGACUCGGAAACCAUCCACUUGGCGAGCGCGUCGCAGUCGGACGCUCCAUGGCUAGACGUGCCUGGACCUUCCUGGGAGGCGCUGGACCAAGAAGCGAGGCGAGAACCCUUCCGAUUCAUAGACUUCGAGGCGGUCCCCUGCUCCCCAGUUACGGAAUUGCCGUACCUUUCCUCGCUGUGUCCGAACGCGCAGCAAGAGGUGGCGAAGAACAUGCGGCCAGACUUGCUGCGCCCAGCGGACACGCUGCAGUUGCCGCUCUACCAGGCCGAGCUUCUCAUGGGCCGUGGGAAAAUGAAAAUCAAGUUCCCUUCUUUCUACGAAAUCGCCAUCAUUGACGCGCUGAUCAAGGAUCCCCUGACAGUCGACCUCGCUGCCCAUUGCCUUUUCUACUUCGACCUCGGGCUCCACCUCUGCUCACUGCUACCCCCCUAUGAAUGGCCAGUGCAGCACUUGCAGGAGACCUUGCGAAACGCGCGACACCGGCGGAGAGUGCACAUUAUCACUCACCACAAAGUCCUCGAGAAGCAGUUUAUAGGGCGUUUGACGUUCCCAGAAGUCUGCAUCUUGAAGGAACUCCAGAAAGGCCAAGCAGGACCGCGCGGGCCCUUUGGCGGAUGA